AUGAUCACAGUGGGAGUGCUUGCCCUACAGGGCGCUUUCAUUGAACAUGUGCGUCUUUUGAAGAAGGCUACCGAGCAAGAAGUCUCGGGGGAAUGGGAUUUCAUUGAAGUUCGUACGCCACAAGAACUCGCCAAAUGCGACGCGCUUGUUCUACCUGGUGGCGAAAGCACAACUAUGUCUUUGGUGGCAGCGCGGUCCGACCUCCUGGAGCCUCUGAGGGACUUCGUCAAGGUCCAUCGCAAACCCGCGUGGGGAACUUGCGCCGGGUUGAUUCUCCUCGCAGAGUCGGCGAACCGUACCAAGAAGGGUGGGCAAGAACUUAUCGGAGGCCUCGAUGUACGAGUCAAUCGCAAUCACUUCGGUCGACAAACAGAGAGCUUCCAGGCUCCGCUGGAGCUACAAUUCUUGGGCGAGGGAGCUGCACCUUUCCCCGCGAUCUUCAUUCGCGCUCCAAUUGUGGAGACAAUUUUACCGCAUCAGCAAGGCGUACAAACCGCAGAAUCGGAGCGAGAUGAUACUAUAGUCGCGCCAUCGCGGAAAACUAAAGACGCAGCAGCCGAAGCGGCAACGGCUGAGAAUGUGGAGGUGCUGGCCACCUUACCUGGAUCAGCAAGCCACAUAGCCACCCAGGGACGUGAUGUCAAUCCAGACCUCGAGGCUGGCGAUGUCGUUGCGGUGCGGCAAGGAAAUGUCUUUGGGACUAGCUUCCACCCUGAGUUGACGGGCGACGCCAGAAUCCACGCUUGGUGGCUGCGCCAAGUGCAAGAAGCCAUUGGUAAACAGGAGAAAUUAGCAUCAUAA